CUGUCAAAGGCAAUGAAAUUGUCAGCUCACAAAGGGCUUCCUACAGGGAAGCGGAUCAGGAAUAGAAAAAGGUGCUCAAUAUUGACAUACGGAGCAAGAGACUGAAAAAACCCAAACAGUUGGAGGCAGUCAAGGAUGAUCUUCCUCAUGCAAACCCUGAAACUCUCUCAUAUGUCUGUCUUUGAAGACAGAAGGAUUCAGCCAUGGCCCAAACUCACCAGAAGCAGACAGGCGGAACUCUGGUCAAGUACAGAGGGCAGCUACAGAAUGUCUUCAGAUCAGCAUCUACCUUCUGCCAUCCAGUGGCACAGUGCAGCAUUACCACAUCUCCCAAGUACAGAGGGCAGCUACAGAAUGUCUUCAGAUCAGCAUCUACCUUCUGCCAUCCAGUGGCACAGUGCAGCAUUACCACAUCUCCCAAGUACAGAGGGCAGCUACAGAAUGUCUUCAGAUCAGCAUCUACCUUCUGCCAUCCAGUGGCACAGUGCAGCAUUACCACAUCUCCCAAGUACAGAGGGCAGCUACAGAAUGUCUUCAGAUCAGCAUCUACCUUCUGCCAUCCAGUGGCACAGUGCAGCAUUACCACAUCUCCCAAAUACAGAGGGCAGCUACAGAAUGUCUUCAGAUCAGCAUCUACCUUCUGCCAUCCAGUGGCACAGUGCAGCAUUACCACAUCUCCCAAGUACAGAGGGCAGCUACAGAAUGUCUUCAGAUCAGCAUCUACCUUCUGCCAUCCAGUGGCACAGUGCAGCAUUACCACAUCUCCCAAGUACAGAGGGCAGCUACAGAAUGUCUUCAGAUCAGCAUCUACCUUCUGCCAUCCAGUGGCACAGUGCAGCAUUACCACAUCUCCCAAGUACAGAGGGCAGCUACAGAAUGUCUUCAGAUCAGCAUCUACCUUCUGCCAUCCAGUGGCACAGUGCAGCAUUACCACAUCUCCCAAGUGUAAAACAACCAGAUUGUAAAAAAGAAAAUGCAUGUUUUUACAGUUUCUCUGUCGCGUACAUGCAUUUUUUUUUAACAUUGUCCACAAGACAGAAUUCUGUGGCCUUUUGCAAAAUAGAGAAAGGCGGCCGUGGGAGAGAAAAUAUCUGUAGAAUUCAAAAAGUACUCGCACUCAAUACCCAAGGAGGCCGAUAUGCAAAAAUAAUAUAAGUAAUUUAAUACAUUCUCAAAAUAAUACAAAAAGUGGUUCUAAUAAAAAAGAAACAAAGCAUACGUUUGGGCCUUAUGCUUUCAUCAGUGCUGUACAAACAAAUCAAGAAGACACGUACUUAAAACACCUGCUGUGCUUAACAGCCGCACCAGGUGCACGCAGAUAGUUCAUUAGAAACUGGCGAAUAGAGAGUCAAUGCAUAUUAACAAGGAAUAUAUAGAUGACUAUCAAACAUUUAUAAUUAAUAUGUCACAUAUAAUUGGGAAGAGAACAGUCUGGGCUACAUAGCAAUACCAGAAGCCAUAGAUAUGAAAUACUCGAGUAGGCUAAAAAGCUCAGAGAGUGGCGGGGACUGCUAGUGUGUGU